GGGUUGGUCGUUCUUUUCUUCGGCAGGGCCGCGGCGGGAGCGGCUGCUUGCACAUCUCUCUGAGCUAUCCAGGUUCAUCCUCGUCGCUGCGGCGACUCCCGUAACCUCCGUCGCAAUGACUGAGCAGAUGACCCUUCGUGGUACCCUCAAGGGCCACAACGGCUGGGUAACUCAGAUCGCCACCACUCCACAGUUCCCAGACAUGAUACUGUCUGCCUCGCGAGACAAGACCAUCAUCAUGUGGAAGCUCACCAGGGAUGAGACCAACUAUGGCAUCCCACAGCGUGCUCUUCGGGGUCACUCCCACUUCGUUAGUGAUGUAGUCAUCUCCUCAGAUGGCCAGUUUGCCCUCUCAGGCUCCUGGGAUGGAACCCUGCGCCUCUGGGAUCUCACAACGGGCACCACCACCCGCCGAUUUGUAGGCCAUACCAAGGAUGUGCUGAGUGUGGCCUUCUCCUCUGACAACCGGCAGAUUGUCUCUGGAUCCCGAGAUAAGACCAUCAAGUUAUGGAAUACCCUGGGUGUAUGCAAAUACACUGUGCAGGAUGAGAGCCACUCGGAAUGGGUUUCUUGUGUUCGCUUCUCACCCAACAGCAGCAAUCCUAUCAUAGUAUCUUGUGGCUGGGACAAGCUGGUCAAGGUGUGGAACCUGGCAAAUUGUAAGCUGAAGACCAACCACAUUGGCCACACGGGCUACCUGAACACUGUGACGGUCUCUCCAGAUGGAUCCUUAUGUGCUUCUGGAGGCAAGGACGGCCAGGCCAUGCUGUGGGACCUCAACGAAGGCAAGCACCUUUAUACGCUGGAUGGUGGAGACAUCAUCAAUGCCCUGUGCUUCAGCCCCAACCGCUACUGGCUCUGUGCUGCCACAGGCCCCAGCAUCAAGAUCUGGGAUUUGGAAGGCAAGAUCAUUGUAGAUGAACUGAAACAAGAAGUUAUUAGUACCAGCAGCAAGGCAGAACCACCCCAGUGCACCUCUCUGGCCUGGUCUGCUGAUGGCCAGACACUGUUUGCUGGCUACACAGACAACCUGGUGCGAGUCUGGCAGGUGACAAUCGGCACCCGCUAAAAUAUAUGGCAGAGUAUUAGAAAUAAACUGGUUUUCUGA